AUGUCAGAAAAAAGACCUACCAAGCGAUGUGUUGUUUUGGUCGAUGGGUGUGAAUCGCGCGACGCGAAGAAGGAGACGAAUCCUUCCACAAUCACAAGGAUCAAAGAACUGACGCAUGAUGGACUGAUCGAGUCCAACGGAUAUACCAUCGCUCAGACACCAAAAUAUUAUGUCGCACCAAGUAAUAUCACAAAGUUGAGCGAUCGCUUCAGGUCGAGGACAACAAGCGACGAGUCAGAUGCUCUGAUCAAGACUAUUGUGAGGGACAUCUGUCUCACGCUGGAAGGACCUCAAGAUGAACUCUGGCUAUAUGGCUCAGGUCACGGAGCCUUUAUCGCUCGCGCUAUCGCCGGUAUUGUGCAUCGACUAGGCUUGCCUAAGCCCGAGGACUUUGACGACCUCUUUGAAGCAACUAUUUCUCUUAUCAAAGCCCAGGCCGAUGAUGACUUCAAAAAGGGCCCCCAACUUCUUCAAAAGAUCAAGAGCGGAGCUGGUGCACCUCCAAGAAUCCCGUUUGUUGGUUUGUUUGACACCACUGGCUCCAGCUCAAAAACGGCAUACGACAUCUCAUUCAACUCCUCAAUCGAGGUUGUUCGACACGCACUAGCCAUCAACGAGAACCGCUCCAGCAAGACACCAGAGAUUUUUACUAUUCCGGAAGAUGCGGAUAUGACACAUCGGUCGCUUGUCCAGGCAUGGUUCUUUGGAACCCACCAAGACAUGCUGGGCGGCACAGCUCACGAUGGUCUGUCUCUGUACCCGUUGCAGUGGAUGGUUCUCGAGAGCAUUUACUCAGGGCUCAGGCUCAAUACAGCCGGAAAUUCUAACACCAGCAAUAGCCAUAACCCCAUAUUGUUAGUAUUUCCUCAGUAUGCUGGGAGUUUGCCAUCGCUUGAUGGAUCAGAAGAGAUUGAGUGGCGUCUUCAGUAUACAAACGGACUUCGAACCAGCAUGUUUGAUCUUCAGACCGCUCAUGGAAAGAAGUCGGCUGCAGGAGUUGAGAUGCAUUCUAUCAAACCUGACACAGACUGUUUCAAACGGCCUGCUAACCGAAAGAUCUUUGAGGCUGAUGGUACUUUGAAAGGAUGGUGUGACGUUGGACCAUACGGGAACAUGAUACACCCUUCAUUAUUCUGCAUCCUGGACAGAUAUCCCCGACACAACGAUCUAAACAACUUCAAGGUUCUCAAGAAGCCAAUUUCCGACUUUCAAGAUGCGCACCUUGUUGCAGAAGAAGAAGGCUUGGCUCCAUGGCUCAAAGACAUGCAACUCGAAGCAAGUGGAGUUAAGGCUUUUCGAAUUCUGGUUUGCGGAAAAACAGGCGUCGGAAAGUCGACUCUGAUCAACAAGGUCUUUGGUGUCGAGAUGACCGACGAGUCGCAAUCAUACGAUCAAGGAGUCCACGAUAUUAACGUUGCUUUUGAGUCUCCAAAGCACCCGGGACUUUUGAUCCAUGAUUCAAGAGGUUGGCAAGCAGGUAGUGAUACCGAGUUGGACUUGAUUGCCAAGUUUCUCAGGCACAGGGCGUACCAAGAAGAUCCUGCAGAGGCUCUUCACGUCAUCUGGUUCUGCGUUGACUCAGACGUCGCUCGUAUCGAAGAAGCCGACAAGCGAACAUUCGCCACUAUCGCUCAAUACUCACACCAAGUUCCCGUUUUCGUCGUCGGGACAAAGAAAGAUAAACUCACAGCCCAACGCUACAAAGACCAUCUAGACGAACUAAUGGAGAAGAUGGAUGAUUACAAGCAAGCCAAGAAGAUAGCCGAGGCAAAAGCCAACGAGAAAGCCGAGGAACAAUUCGCCGAGUUGAGAAACCAACUCUCGCAGAUUGACCACUACAAAGCUGAUGGUUUUUGCUGUCUAUCAAAGAAUGAUGAUGCCGGAGUUAGAGAACUCCUCUCCCAAACCCUCGACCUCAUCGUCGACGAACGCGUACGUCUCUUCUGUGUUGCCGCUCAAGUCGUUGAUGUCGAACAGAAGAUCAACUCUGCGAUAACAGAGUGCAUGAGACUAGGUACACAUGCUAUCCGCACCGCUGCCGUUCCCCUUCCAUGUUCGGGCAUGAUUGGAACACCGACUGUAUCACGACUCAUCUGCGAGCAUGUGCUCCAGUGCUUUGGCUUCCCCAAGGCUGCCCCCGCCGAGAUCGAGCAAAUCAUGUCAGAUAUUGUUAUGAGCAACUUCAAGGAGUACAUGAAGGUCUCCCUGUCGCAGUUUGCUGCUGUGAGUGCUGUGGCAGUGGGUGUCGCGGUGCCAACAAUGGGUAUUGGUGUCAUUGUCGGCGCGGCAGGAUGUCUCUUUGCUCUUCCGCCAACUGCGAGAAUGCUGCUCAAGUGCUCGUGCGACAUGAUUCUCAUUCUCGAGCGGUCUUUCCGAUACGGCGGAAAGUACGUUUCUACCAAGCAAAUCGAAGACGCGGCAAAAUACUACGCUAAAGAGACCAUCACGACAUUCAAUGGCAAAGAGAAACGUCUGCAGCAGCAGGUUCACGAUGAGAUUGACCAUCUCAUCCCACUAAAGAAGCUCAACGUCGGAUUCAAGUUCAACAAACUAAGAUCUUCUGUCGACGAGGUCGUGUACCGCAAUAGAUUUGGUAACCCUCCUGACUAUUCGUCAAUAAGAAGCCCUUCUAUUGCUAGCUCGAAUGUUGGUCUUAACAGGCCUGUCGAACUGGACGCUGGACCUGUUAUCCCGGAAUUGCCUGGCGAAGAGGUCAACUUAUCAAGUCUGUCAAAGACAAAUGAGAAGCCACCAAUGGAGCUUGACUCGACCGAGAUUCAAUCAGAUGGCAAUCCUCGGCCACUAAGUACGAAUUUGUCUGGUCCUGCAGCUACAGGGCCAUCACUCGCCAACAGGCUUGUUGAGCUUCACGUGCAACCGCCUGAGCUAGAAGGCAACGCACCAAGUGAUAGCAAUUCAACUAGAGGUCUACUAGAAGUUCCGAAAAUGGCAGAAAGGAGCAAGUCUGACUCAUCUGGUUCUCGAUGGACGAGUAAACUGUCGUGGAAGCUGACUCGGAAAUCGAAGACUCUGAAGCAAUGA